AUGGAAACAAAGGUUAAUCUUUCAAAGUAGUGGUUUAUAGACUCUAGAAAAGGUAACAUCAAGGAUUCAUAUCAUUUCAUUGAGAGACUUGGCUCUGGUGGGUUUGGAGUGGUUUAUCUUGCUUAAGAAAGAAAAUCUGGGGAUAAGUUUGCAGUAAAAGCAAUUUAGAAAAAUAAGAUUUAGGACUAUGACACUUUCCAAAAUGAAAUAAGAACAUUGAGGACAUUAGAUCAUCCAAACAUUAUCAAGCUCUACGAAAUAUGGGAAUGGCAGGAUGUUUGUUUUUUGGUAACCGAGUAACUUCUUUUAAAUGUUAAUGCGAUUGUUAGUUUCUGCGAAGGUGGAGAACUUUUUUAUUACAUUCUACAAAAGAAGUCACUGAGUGAAAAGGAAGCUGCCUUAAUCAUGAAAUAAGGUUUUUCUGCACUCAGUUACAUUCAUCAUAAUAAGAUAUCUCAUCGUGAUAUUAAGCCUGAAAACUUUAUGCUAAAAAAUAAGGAUGAUAUUACAAACAUCAAACUUAUAGACUUCGGUUUGGCUAAAGAUUUUUCUGAGUAAUAAGCUAUGUAAACUCCUAGUGGUUCUCCUUAUUACAUUGCACCAGAAGUAUUUAGCUCUAAAUACAAUGAAAAAUGCGAUUUAUGGUCAAUUGGAGUUGUUCUCUAUAUCCUCUUAUCUGGAAAGGUUCCAUUUCCUGGCGAAAGCAACAAAGAAAUCAUCGAAAAUGUAGUCAAAGGUGAUUACCAUUUCAACCAUGAGGCAUUCUUGAGUGUUUCAGCACUAGCCAAAGAUUUAAUCAAGAAAUUACUAGUGAAGGAUAUAGAUCAAAGAUACUCUGCAGUCGAGGCUUACAAUCAUCCAUGGAUUCAGAAAAGUGAAGAGAUUCUUGACAAUGAAAUUGCUGCUGAAGCUUUUGAUAAUAUGAAAAAUUUUAUGCAAGCAGUCAAUCUAAAAAAGACAACACUCAUCUAUUUGGCCUCAAAAUUACCUGAGAAAAAUAUUGAUGAACUCAGAAAACUUUUUAUCUAAAUUGAUUUAGAUGGUGACGGUAUCAUUACAAGCGAAGAAUUUAAGCAUGCUCUGACCAUAUAUGGAUUUUAAAUCGACAAAGAUGAAAUAGAGUAAUUAGUCAACUAAAUUGAUACUAACAACAAUGGAUUUAUCGAUUAUACAGAGUUCAUUGCUGGAUGCAUGAAAUCAAAAAUAUAUCUUAGGGAAGAAAACAUAAGAGGGGCUUUUUAAUAUUUUGACUAAGAUUAAUCAGGCUCUAUCACAAAGGAUGAAUUAAAAAGUAUACUAUCAUCUGAAGAUGUAAUGAUCCCUGAUGCUUACAUUGAGCAGAUUAUUAAAGAAGUCGAUGUGAAUAAGGACGACUAAAUCGACUACAACGAGUUCUUGGAGAUGAUGAAAAAAGACUUGAAAGUAAGACUCGCAGUUUACAACAUGAAUCUCAAGGAUCUUAUGAUUUUCAAGCCCUAGUGUAGUAUAUUCUGA